AGAAAGCAAAAGUAGGCUUCAUAUUCUUGUUUUUGUUUCUGUUUGUUUUAUAAAAUAUAUGAUGCACUCACAUCAUUAUGUCAAGUUCUCAACAGCAAUUUGACAACAGUGGUAAAGAUAAUGUAUCAGUGACAAAUGGUGAAACAAAUAAUUUAAAACUUCCGUGUGUGAACGAAAUCGAAACUCGGACUGCGUCCGAUCCUAAGGCGUCUUCGCUGCAAUCGGAAAUAGACGAAAAAAAUACUGUUGAAAGCAACAACCUAGAAGAGCUUCCUUCAAACGAAGCUGUAAAAAACUGUGGUGCCACUGAAACUGACAUUUCUCCCGAUAACCAAAUAACUGAUAAAACAAAUGAUUUAGAAGAACCUUCAGCCUCACAGUCAUCUGUCGAAGAACAGCCUGUUGAAAAUGACAUUGUUGCUGAAAAGACUGUUGAAAGUAAUGACCUAGAAGAACUUCCUCCAGAUGAAGGUGUAGAAAACUGUGAUGCCACUGAAACUGACAUUCCACUUGAUAACAAAAUAGCUGAUAAAACAGAUGAAACGUUGAAUAUUGAAAGAAAAGAGGACAGACUUAAAGGUCAAGGCCAAUUACACACAUUGAACAUUGAUACUGACAACAUUAACAGUCCAAGUACUAAACAGUCAACUAAUACAGUGACUACUGAAUUGAAUCUUUCAAAGUGUUCUAAAACAAAUGAUUUAGAAGAACCUUCAGCCUCACAGUCAUCUGUCGAAGAACAGCCUGUUGAAAAUGACAUUGUUGCUGAAAAGACAGCUAAAAGUAACGACCUAGAAGAACUUCCUCCAGAUGAAGGUGUAGAAAACUGUGAUGUCACUGAAACUGACAUUCCACUUGAUAACAAAAUAGCUGAUAAAACUUUGGAUGAAACAUUGAAUAAUGACAAAAAAGAGGUCAAAGGCCAAGGUCAUUCACACCCAGAGAAAACUGAUACUGAUAACUGUGGUACCCAAUGUCCACCUCACUCUGAAAACAAUAAUACUGAAGGCACUAACAACAUAAACACUGAACAGUUGACUGAAGCUGUGACUACUGAAUUAAAUGGUGAAGGAUUUGAGAAAGAAAAUAAGCUUAACACUAGUAGUAACCGUAGUGACACAAAAGCUGAAGAAAGAAAUGUACAUAGUGAUAUAGGAACAGACAAAGAUAGUCAACCUGUAAAGUCAAAUACAUUUUUUUAUAGCCGUGGUGACUUUUAUUCUGAACAAUCUGAUCCUGAUUGUAAUAAUAGUGAAAAUGGUGAAGAGCCAAUGGACACUAAUUUAGAAAAUGAGAAAGAUGGAUGUGAUGAUUCAGAAAAUGUGAAAGAAGAAAGUGAUAAGGAAAUGGGAAAAAAACUCACCAAGCUUACACAGAAAUCCUCAGAAGAUGUUGAAGGAAAUAAGGAGCCCUCUAAAGAUGUUAAAGAGAAAAAGUGGUUUGGGGAAGUGUGGAAUCUGUACAUCAUUCCUACAGCACAAUGUGUUAAAUCGUUGAUUACAUACGUACCUCUACGUAUAUGUUCACUGGUCUGGUUUCUUCUUCGGUCCGUUCCGCGGACUGGAGUCAGAAUGUUGGGUUUCAUUCUCUCUGUACCUAAAAAGGGCACCGAACAAAAAGGGAAAAAAGAUGAGAGGAAGAAAGAUAAAAGACCUUACUCAUUUCGUAGGAGUUGGAGUGAUAAAGAUACAGAAGAAUAUAGACGUGGUUACCCAGGAAAGUUAGAUGAUGAUAAAGCUGACAAGAAUUUAAGAUUUUAUCAAAAUAAGCUGGAGUCUUAUCCUGAUGGUGACUAUAUUGAUACCAUCCACAAAGAAUGGAAAGGGAACUAUGGCUUACUGGAGAGACAUCACGGUUAUAUACAAUGGUUAUUUCCCAUCCGAGAGCGAGGGAUGAACUGGCAUGCCCAAGAGUUGCAGCUGCAUGAAGCACAGGCAAUACAAGAAGACUGUAAAUCGCUGGAGCGAGUUUGCAAAUCCUAUGAAUUGAUGUUGGACUUUUAUGGAAUGAAACUGGUGGACAAAGAAAGUGGCAGAUUGACAAGGGCAGACAACUGGGAGGAACGUUUUGAUCACCUGAACUGGUCAUUUCACAACUAUUUGCGUAUCACUCGCAUCCUCAAGUCUUUGGGUGAGCUUGGAUAUGAACGCUACCAGGCUCCAUUUGUGGAAUUCAUCCUUGACGAGGCCUAUGUAAAAGAAAGGCUAAAUGGUCGAGUCCUUUCCAGCUGUACCGACUACUGGGUGGGAACAGUUAAAGAUGAGAAAGAAAGAAAGAAACUUUUGGACAGAAUAUAUGAACAUGAUUGGCCCUGAGAAUAUAGUAUUGUUAUUAAUGUCAUAUUAUAUUGACAUACAGUGCAUAGCCAUAAAGUCAACUACAUGUAGCAACUCAAAGUUUCUUAAAGUCUGUAAUUAUUUAAAGAUUUAAUCAUUAAAACUGACACUACACAACAGAUUGCCAUCCAUGAUGAACUUAAAUUGUGUUUACUAAACCCUUUAAAGGGACAGACCCUAGUUUCAGUCCAUUAAAAUUAACACUAAGUUUAGUUAAUCUACAAACCUGUAACAUGUUUGGAUAAAGUUACAAUUGAGUGAAACAUGAGUCUGUGACUUUGAA